UGGAGGAAAGCCAAGGGGAGUGUGGGAGUCCCCAUGCACGCGCCACUUCAGGAGGGGAGGUCAGCGAGCGUUUCCCUUUGGCUGGCCCCCUGUUUUUUUUCCCUUUAAAUCCUAACAUCGAUUUUUUUUCUUGGAGCACCAAAGGACUAUCAGAGUCUUAUCACAAGGAAUAUUAACUACUCGGGUGGAUGCACACACUCUAGGCUUUUUAAUCGAGCACGAGAGAGAGAGAGAGAGAAGCUCUGUGUAGGGGAAAAAAAGGGAUGGUGGACAAUUCCAGUAGCAGCAAGGCGCAAACGCCCAUCUUAUCUCAGGAUAGUGGUCUGGCAGGAGCAUUCUCUCAGACGGCUCUUGGUGCGGUGGCCGGUGUUAAACUAGAGGCCGUCAUGGAGCAGCUCCAGAGGCAGCAGCAAGCGAAACUGGACAUGGAAAGAAAAGAGCGACACCUGAGCGAAGCCCACAUCUUGUAUGCCCAGCAGCUGGCUGCUCAACACGCCAUCAUGGCUUCUGCCCGUGCCCAGGGAAUACCAAUAAACCCAGAAUACUUCAGCAGUAGUGCCAGAGAACAAGCGCUGAAGAACAGCCAAGGGCCUCCAACCAGGGUUUCUACCCAAAGUAGUGUAGAAUCUGUGCAAGACGGAGAGGACGAUGAGGAGAUGAACAGAGGACCAGCUUCUGCUGGGGAAGAUGAUGAAGAUGAGGAGAUGAUGGAUGGUGAGGACGGCAGUGAGGAUGACGAAGGCGAUGGGUUGGAGUUUCUCCGAAAGCAGAGCCUGGCUCUUCAGCAGCAGGGGGUGGGAAUCGCUCCGUACCCUUUCCCAGUUUAUGCCGCCUCUCCUUCAGCUGCGAAAAAGCGAGCCCGCUCACCUCCACCAAAAGUGAAGGAUGAACCAGAGGACAGCCCAUCCCCUACUGAGCAGCAUUCAUUCAAUACGCCAAAUGGCCUCUCCGACUGGAGUUUCGAAGACUCAAUCAAACAGAAUGGCAAUGCGAGUUGGAACGAAGAAAGCGAUGGAGGGAAAGGAAGAGGGGAAGCCUCCAGAGACUUUGCCAAGCUUUAUGAACUGGACAGUGACCCUAACCGGAAGGAGUUUCUCGACGACCUGUUCACCUUCAUGCAGAAAAGAGGCACCCCUGUGAACCGUAUCCCCAUCAUGGCCAAGCAGGUGCUGGAUCUUUAUAAGCUCUAUAAGCUUGUGACCGAGAAGGGAGGUCUGGUGGAGGUGAUCAAUAAGAAAAUCUGGAGAGAGAUCACCAAAGGUUUAAACCUGCCCACGUCCAUCACCAGUGCUGCUUUCACCCUCCGCACACAGUAUAUGAAGUACCUCUAUCCGUAUGAAUGUGAGAAGAAAGGACUCAGUUCUCCUGGAGAGCUGCAGGCUGCCAUCGAUAGCAACCGCAGAGAAGGCCGUCGGCCCGGGUACAGUAACAGCCUGUACCGCUUCUCUCCUUCCCCCAGUGGUGGUGCCCCUCACCUUCUCUCUCCUCCCAAAAUGCACCUGCCCAACUCUGGACACAACGGCUUGCAGAGCACACCGAGUUCAGCCCUCAAGAAAGGGACAGUUCCUGAGGAUGGUCCAGCUUCCAUGUUGCCUGGUAGAUUACCCCUGGCUCUGGCACUUGGCCACCAACAGCAGCUGGCACGGGCUGCCACCUUGGAACAGCUGCGUGAAAGGCUGGAGACGGGCAUGGGUACUCCGGCUCUGGCCACUGGUUCCUCUGCCAUAGAGGGGCCUGAGAGAAAGAUGGCCCGUCUGGCUGAGGAGCAGCAGAGGCUCCUGCAGCAGGCCUUCCAGCAGAACCUGCUUGCAAUGGCAUCACAAGUGAACCCUGCCAAUCUGCGCCUCAACACUACCAGUACCCCCCGUGAGGAAAAGCAGGAUCUGUCUCUCAGUAUCUCUUCAAAUGGAUCAGCCAGUAUCACAGUGUCAAUAGAGGUUAAUGGGAUCAUUUACUCAGGAUCACUGUAUGCUCAGAAGUCAUCUGGAGCCCCAGCUACUCCUAUAGGCCAGAACUGCGCUGUCGAUCCCAGCAUCCCCUCCUCUUCUAAAGGUUCUGGCUCUACAGAGCCUGCUGCUAGUGGCUCUCCUUAACUCCCAGCAGCCACACGGUCUCUCUCUCUCUCUCUCUCUCUCUCACUCACUCUCCCCUAAAAGAGAGUCCAGUGGUCUACAAAGCCAAGUCUACCUCCUUUUUUUUUUUUUUUUGAGACGUCGGGUUCAUUCUGCCGAGAGUGAUUACACACUUAGAAAGAUGAGCAGUAAUCGCUCCACCCUUUUUCCGCAGAUGCCCUUUACCACUUGUCUGCUACAGACUCUCUCAGGACCUGAACGAUCAUGACAGUGAUACUCAAAUGUUUUAAUGACAAUGUCGCGGGCAUCUUUCUGUGCUCUAGACAUUUGAUACCAAUGCAAUAUGCCUUCCUCUAUGCAUUUUCUCCCAGAGAGUCAUUCACCUGCAAACAAUCAUGGCACAAAAUAUUCUGCCAAAAUCAUACAGCAGGUGUUUGAUUGUUGGACAUUUUGCCAUCAGUACUGUUUUUUGUUUUCCUUUUGAAGAGUUUACCAUACGUGUGCACAUCAGUAAUAGAUUCCCAAGCAUCCGGAUUGGAUUUUUCCUUUUUCUUCUUUCCGUUUUCUGUCUGUUGUGUGGAUAGAGGAGUUUUCUGGAUUUGUGCUUUUUUUUUUUUGCUUUAUUUAAAAUGGAUCAUACUUUUUUUUUUUCCUUCUCAUUUUUUACUUUGUGUAUUACUUGAUUUGAUUGUGGAUUUGUUUUUCCUUUUUCUUUUUUUUUUAGUCUCUAGAUAUCCAUAAGUAUUGUAUUGUUUUGCGAAGAGUAUUGAAAGCAAACUUUUUAUUUUCAUUUACAAACUACAGGUUGGUUUAAAGAAAGAAAAAAAAAAACAGAAUCACGACCACAGUGUGGACAGACGAUGUUCCACGUGUCAAUCGUUUCGAUGGCAGCGUUAAGACGAUCAAUUAGGCUCACACAUCUGGGCCCUUAUUCCUUUACUCCAUGGAGGAGAAUUGAAGCAGUUUUCAGAAAUACUUACAAAUGAAACCAAAUGCUGAAAAGAAGAACCAGGGUAUUUUAUUCAAAAAUCAUAAUCAUGUUCUCUCAAUACCUUCUGGUUUUUGUGCUUAAACAUGACAGUAACAACUCACUCACUCCCCCUCAUUUUCACUUUUUCUUUUUUCCCCCCAAAGGCCUCACAAAUGUCUUUCCAUAUUGGAAAGCUAGUUUCUCAGGAAUUUCAGAUUGAUCUCAUCGUUAAGUUUCAUUUUUCUUUUCUUUUUGAAAUCUUGGCACCAAGUCGCCUCACGUAUCAAGGCUAGAUAUACCUCAGCGGAAGAAAGUGACUAUAGCUACCUCAAAGUUACCUUUAUAUAGUAUGAGUUAGGAUUUACCUCAGAAUCAGCUCCUGAUAAAUCGAGACAAAUAAAGAUGUUAUAAGCUUUAUAUAUGACCUCUUAGUGAAUUCCAAAGUAUUCUCAGGUUGCUAGUACAAAAAUACCUCAUAUAGAUAAUGGCAUAAUAGGAACAUCUUUCUUUCUUUCUUUGUUUCUUUCUUUUUUUUUAAAAAAAAACUAUGUGAGAAGAGUUAUUUAUGUGCAGAUGCUUGAUCUCUAUUUGCUCUGUUUGCUGAUGACUACACAGCUUAAAACCAAAGAUCAUCACACUGUAUUUCUAC